ACAGUAUUUUAUCUUGAGAGCUCACUACUCAUCUUCUUCACCAUGACCAUCAUCAUCUCUCUGCUCCUGCUGGCCUCUCUGCUGCCACACCUGAGCUUCACUGCUCAUGUGAAUGUGGGUAUAGUGAACGGCACAGAAGCCAAACCCCACUCCAGACCUUACAUGGUUUCAAUUCAGAAGAACUGGCUCCAUUCGUGCGGUGGAUUCCUCAUUUCUGAUCAGUUUGUCUUGACGGCUGCACAUUGCCAAAACAAACUGGAGAGUUUGACCGUUGUGGUUGGUGCUCAUGACUUAAAAAACACAACUGAGGGUUCAGUCCGCAUCAGAGUAAAGUCCUACCACCAGCAUCCAGACUUUACCGUGGAACCUGUUAUGAAUGACAUAAUGCUUUUAAUGCUGGAUAAAAAGGUUACACAAAACGAGAAAGUCAACUGGAUUUCCAUACCAAUGAAAGAAGAGGACAAUGAAGUGCAUUCUGUGUGCAGUGUUUCAGGCUGGGGAAGACUGAAAACUAACGGCUCACUUAGCAAUCGUCUCAUGGAGACAUAUGUGAAGAUCAUAAAUAACACAAAUUGUGAAAAUAAAUGGGGAAAAGAUGACUAUUCAACUUCACAGAUGAUGUGUACAUCUGGUGAUGGAGGAAGUUGCACCGGGGAUUCAGGAGGUCCUUUGGUUUGUGGAGAAACUGCAGUUGGCGUCACAUCCUUCGGAGACCCAGAUCUCUGUAAUUCACCUAAACUACCUGAAGUUUAUAUGAAGGUGUCAGCAUAUCUUCCAUGGAUACAUACGUUUAUUGGUUAACAUUUGUUUGUUAAAAUUUUCUUGAUUUAGUCUUAAAUAUCUCCAAAUUGUUUCAAUAAAAACAUCAUAUCAAUCA